AUGGCAGGCAGCUACACAUGUGCUCAAUGCCUCCAGGUGCUCCGGCAAGGUGUCCGGUUUGCCAGUACCCCAACUCGCUUUCGUGGCCUGGCUCAUUCUCGGCGAACAUGCGCUGUGUCUACUCCGUGGACUCGCAGCUUCGGCUCAGAGCGCAAGAAUAGCCCGCUAGGAGGGCUCACUACGGAUAAGCCGCCUUCCAACGUGAAACCAGCAUCGAAUCUGAAAUCCUCAUCGUCUCCGCCAUCGCUCUCCCACCGUACAGCGUCGACGUCCACCGGGCCUUCCGUUGAUACACGAACCUACCUAAAGUCCGAUAAUCUCUUUCAUUCAUUCACCAACUCUCCCUCACCUGCAAUUCGGCAAAGAGCUGCGUUUAUUAAGCAGAAUGCAUUCUGUCCUCAUCCGAGCCACCAGCAGACCCGCGCGCCAGUCUCUCCUCAUGACCCCGAAGCACGAAAGACUCCCGAGGAAACCCACUUGCCUCCAGCACACUCGCACUUCGAGUGCCCCGACUGUGGCGUUCCAAUUUACUGCUCGGAAGGCCAUUGGAUGGACGAUUACGAAGCUCACCUCGAGGUGUGCGACACCAUUCGCCAAAUCAAUGAGGACGACCAUGACCUGCACUCUGGUCGUAUUUUCAAUGAAUUCAACUAUCCCGGUGUCCAGGAUGACAAUUAUGUGGUCAACAUGACCAAUUGGGACACGUACCUCUACACGCGCGAAUAUGAUGCCAUUAAUGAUGAUCGCUCCCUGCGCCAGGUCACCCGUAUGCUUACUUACCCGCAAACAAUCACCAGCGUUUUGCAUGAAUUGAGCCCGUACAGCAUCCAUGGAAAGAACCGGCUGACUGCGGAAGGAUUGAAGAGUUUCAGCGCUCUUCGAUAUUCCCUUCACCCCCCUCGAACUGGCGAGUCGACCGAUCUCAAGGGUCUUCGUCUCAAGGCUCCUCCCGUCCGAAUUUUCAUUCUGGGUGCUCGAGCCGAGUCUUCCCUGCCCCGGGAAGUAUGGUUGCAGUUGCAGUAUAUGUUCCCUCGGGCUUUAAUCCAUGUGAUCUUUAUCGGACCUGAAAGCAUGGCCAACCGCGAUGCCGAGUUCCCACUGCCAGCGCGGACCCCCGAAAACCCUUUCGGUGGGAUUGUGGAGGACCGUCUUGGCGGACAGAUGAAAAUAACCACAUAUGUCGACUACUUUCACACUAUGUACAAGGCCAAUUACUUUCAGCCGUUUGACCCAUACCUGGACUGCUUCAUGCUUUUCCAUCCUGGCUUGGGUCACCCGGCCAGCUCGCACGAGUGGCAAGAGACGCUUCCUCAGCUCCUCGAGACGAAAGUACCCAUUCUCUGCACCGGAUAUACGCAGUGGGACAUGGAGCGGGACAUCAACUGGGUCCACGAGAAGUGCGCCGGUGAAUUCGACUUGCUUCUUGAGCCUGGCGAGAACAUCUUCCGUAGUCUCCGCUGGGACCUGAAUGAUCUAGAUCCGCAUGAUGUCUCCUGUGGUAACUGGGGCCUCUGGGGAUUCCGAGGCAAGAGGUACGAGGCCACAUUCAAGAACGAGUAG